AAUUAUGUCACUCAAGUUAAAACGUUUGUCUGAUCAGUCUGUCGGCGUAUACUCGUAAACAUAGAUUUAACAGACGAACCAAGAAAUGUCGGAGAGCCGAGAUUACCUGGCAGUCGUCGCCAUUGAUUUGGGUACCUCCUACUCGGGGUAUGCCUUCCAAACUAGAGCCGAUUGCAUCGACCAUCCAACGCGGAUACAUGCUCCACACUGGUACUUUGGCGAAACACAACUUGUCAUGAACAAGACAAUCUCAUCUAUCCUCUUCAACCCACAAGGAGAGUUCGAUUCAUUUGGAUAUGAGGCAGAGCGAAAAUUCGCUGAUUUGUUAACUGACGAUGGCGAAACCGAACAAGAAUCUGACGUUACAAAUAUCUAUACUCGGGACAAAGAACAGGGCGAUGCUAACAAAUGGUACUUCCUCAGGCAUUUCAAAAUGCAACUCUACAAAGAAGAGAAUAUCUCCCAACGAAUGAAUGUCUUGGAUUAUUUUGAAAAAAGGAUCAAAGCAAUAAACGUAUUUUCCGCGGCUAUCCAAUUUCUGAGAGAGAGAGCUUUGGCAGAAUUCAAAAACGCGUUUGGUGACAUAUUAGGGCAGACCGAUGUCCAGUGGGUGUUGACAGUGCCAGCCAUAUGGGGUGAUAAGGCCAAACAGUUUAUGAGAAUGGCUGCAGAGAAGGCUGGAAUACCUCAUGCACAGCUAAUGUUGGCUUUAGAACCAGAAGUAGCUGCAUUUUUUUGUAAAGACCACGAACAGAAGUGUGUUACAAACUCAAAUUCCACUUCAUUGACGGUGAAACCGUUUGACGAGGGAUGUUCAUUUCUGGUCGUUGAUUGUGGAGGAGGAACAGUGGAUAUGACAACAUUCCGUAUUGAGAACGGUGCUAUGAAGGAACUUCAGCAAGCUAGCGGAGGCGAUGUGGGGGGCGAGAAAGUCAAUCAGGCUUUCUUUGAUAUCUGGAUCGACGUUCUUGGAGAGGAGAACAUGGCGGAAAUACAAUCAAAAUAUCCAUCGGAGAUUUUAGAUUUUCUGAACUCGUUUCAGUUACUCAAACAACAAGUCAAUGCAAAAAAGUCAUCAGUAUCCAUAUCCCUUCCCCAAUGCAUAUUAGAGAAUAUUUCACAAGGUUCAAUAUUGCUGGACAAAUACAAAAUAAAUAUUAAGAGAGGAAAAGCAAUUAUUCCCUCCUCUGUGAUGUGGAAACUCUUUGAGGAUCCAGUAAGGAAAAUCGUACAGCAUGUUGAAAGCCAACUACACGACCUACGAGCUAAGGAAGUGACCAACAUUCUGAUGGUCGGAGGAUUUUCUCAGUGUAGCUUAUUGCAUGACAGGCUCGUUGAGGGAUUUAAAACACAUCGCGUCAUCAGGCCUUUGGAAUGUAACCUUGCAGUGUUGAAAGGAGCGGUUAUGUACGGCUCCAAGCCCAAUACUAUUUGCGAACGAAUCACUCGUUUUUCCUACGGUAUCAGUUCGAGCCUACCCUUCGAUCAAGCAAAAUACGAGGCCGAAGAAUGCAAAAAACAUCAAAAUAUCGUUGAUGGACAGGUGAGGUUGGAAGACGUGUUUAGCACUUUUGUCAAAUAUGGUGAGCCAGUUACACCGGGCAUGAAAUCCGAGACAAAAACAUGUCGAGUCCUGAACUCUUGUGGUCACGACAUAGUUGAGGUGUACGUAUCAGAUAGCGCGAAAGUGCCAAUGUUUGUUAACAAGGGCAUGGAUGGGUGUACAAAACUCGGAGUUGUUGAGAUAAACAGUCGUGGCGGCGAGGUGCGUGACAGAUAUUACGAUGUCACCAUGUACUUUGGGUACACGGAACUGAGAGUGACGGCUACAGACAAGGAAACAAGUCAAGAAGUCGAGGCAACGCUUAAAUUGAUAUGAUAAAACAGGUGUUGGAAGAUCCCUGCUUUACGAUAGGUUGACGUGUUGAUAUUGGAAUUGCUGACGACAUCAACUUUGAAAAAAGUCGAUUCCGCAAUAAGCAUCAGUUCCCAACGUUUACAAUGUACCUGUACCUUUAAUUAUAAGGUCAAAGUACAAAGACAGUUGUGGUAUUCUGGCCAAUAUAUCUUUUCUUGCAUAAUUGGUGUACUUUGGAGACGACUUUCUAUCGAAAGUUUGAUUUGUGUGAAUAAAGCUCCUUGGUUGUUCAUAAAAGUUUACAGUGGCGUAAUAUCGGAAGGAAAGGUGAAAUGGCCGAUAAAAUGAAUGACCAAGGUCAACAGUCUUGGUGAUGUAUUUUGUACAACAGUGAUGUAUUCCAACACAUUUUAUUCAUAACAGCUAACGAUAUUUUUUAACAUCAAAACAAAGUAUAAGCAUUUGAAAUUUUGCCUCCUACAGAUAAACAUUGUUUUCGUGAAUCAAAAGAGUCUGUAACAGGAGAGGUUUAAAAUUAAUGUGGUUGCUAUUUUCAUACUAGAUUACAAUUUAUUACAUACUUACUAAUAAAUACGUUUUUUUUGUAUAUGCGAUACGACAUGAUUAC